UCUCUAUAGGGCCCAGUCCUGCAGCCAUGUUGAGAGCCUUUUACUGGCUGAUCCUCUCUAUAGGGCCCAGUCCUGCAGCCAUGUUGAGAGCCUUUGCUAUCUGACCCAAAUACCACCCCUUCAGCACUCUUACACAAUAGAGUUUAUUCUUAUACACUGCUUUCACCAUUAAAUAUAGAUCAUUGUACAGCUAGAUAUUCACUGUAUCUAUGCUGUUAUUCAGUAAGUAAUUUGGGUUCGAGCUGGACCCUGCUGGGAUUCUAACCUACAUGCUUGUGUUUUGAUGGAGUGUGCUAAUGGUGGAGCUGUUUGGGGUGUGGGGGGCAGACAUGGAGAGAGACUGCUGGCUGCUGGCACAGGCUCCAUAGGCAGGAGUCUCUGGUGUUCUCCGGAGGAUCCAUGGCCAGCCAAUCAGGGCCUGCUUUGCUGAGGCAUCGCCCUGUGACUGUGGAGUGAAAGUGGUGCUGAGUAAGAUGAGAUGAAAGGAAAGCGGUAAUGUGCGAGGCAGGUCAGGCUAAGAGAAAGAGGCGGCCUGGGGCGUGUUCAGGAGAUGACAGGAGCGAUGGAUGGAGAGGGGAACAUCUGCUCGGGGCACCGACGAGCAAGCAGCGAGCGUGCGCCCAACUGCCCUUAAUUGGCUUAUCUCUCUCUCUCUUUCUCUCUCUCUCUGUCACUGUUGCUCGCUUGCUCUCUCUCCCUCUCUCUCUCCCUCUCUCUCUCUCUCUUUCAAAGGGACACAUCUGUUUGUUGAAUAGAAGCCCCCCCCCCUCCCCCUCCACUGGCUCCAUAGCUCAGCCAUCCUGUCCCAUGUGACCACAGCUCUCAGCAUCUCUGCACUUUUAUCAGUCCUUUACUGUACUGUAAUAACGGAAUCGCUGUUUUUCCCUCAAAGCCGUGCCUGAAUUUCUGCGUGUUUGGCAGGGAGGAAAGGGAGCUGAAGCCAAAGCGCCACUGAGAACAUGACACAUAGAGAGAAGAGUAAAGAAGGACAUGUUUAGCUAGUGGUUUUAUUUAGCGUGCUACGACACUCAUGGAGCUGCCUGUCCCCGGAGGACCUGGAGAGGGGGUUGUGGAGGACUCGGGAGAGGCGGUUAUGGAGGGACCAGGAGAGGGGGCUGCGGAGGGACCCGCCCUCUCCGAAACCCCGGUUAAUCAGCCUGGCCAGCGGCAGGACGACAACUGGGGCGAGACGACGACGGCGGUGACGGGCACGUCGGAGCACAGCCUGUCGCAGGAGGACAUCGUGCGCGUCGGCAAGGAGCCGGAGGACGGCGUGCAGCGGGGCUGCCGGCGCUACCUGGGCCCGGCGGCGGCGGCGGUGCUGGGCCUGCUGGUGCUGCUGACGCCGCUGGCCUUCCUGGCGCUGCCGCACGCGCUCUGGCCCGAGCAGCUGGAGCCCUGCGGGACGGCCUGCGAGGGCCUCUUCAUCUCCGUGGCCUUCAAGCUGCUCAUCCUCCUCAUCGGCGUCUGGGCGCUGUUCCUGCGCCGGCCCCGCGCCGGCCUGCCGCGCGUCUUCGUCCUCCGGGCGCUGCUCAUGGUGCUGGUGCUGCUCUUCGUCGUCUCCUACUGGCUCUUCUACGGCGUGCGCAUCCUGGACACGCAGGAUAAGAACUAUCAGGGCAUAGUGCAGUACGCCGUGUCGCUGGUGGACGCUCUGCUGUUCAUUCACUACCUGGCCAUCGUGCUCCUGGAGCUCAGACAGCUGCAGCCCUGCUUCUCUGUGUGCGUCACACGCUCCACCGACGGAGAGACACGCCACUAUAACCUGGGACAGCUCAGUAUCCAGAGAGCUGCCCUGACCAUCUUAGAGAACUACUACCGGGACUUCCCUGUCCAUAACCCCGCCCUGCUGACCGCCUCCAAAUCCCGCGCCGCUAAACACCUGGCUGGCCUCAAGGUCUACAACGUGGAUGGCCCCGGGAACAACGGAACGGGCCAGUCGCGGGCCAUGAUCGCCGCGGCGGCCCGGCGCAGGGACUCCAGCCACAACGAGCUCUACUACGAGGAGGCCGACCACGAGCGGCGCGUCCGCAAGCGCAGGGCCAGGCUUGUGGUGGCGGUGGAGGAGGCCUUCACCCACAUUAAGAGGAUGCAGGAGGAGGAGCAGAAGAAGACUCCUGGGGAGGUGAUGGACCCGCGGGAGGCCGCCCAGGCCAUCUUCCCCUCCAUGGCCCGCGCGCUGCAGAAAUACCUCCGCACCACCAGGCAGCAGCACUGCCACAGCAUGGAGAGCAUCCAGCAGCACCUGGCCUUCUGCAUCACCAACAACAUGACGCCCAAGGCCUUCCUGGAGAGCUACCUGACUCCCGGGCCUACGCUGCAGUACGGGAGGGAGCGCUGGCUGGCCCGGCACUGGACGCUGGUCAGCGAGGACGCGGUCACCAGCGGCCUGAAGGAGGGAUCCACCUUCCUGCUCAAGUGCAUAGACUUCAGCCUGGUGGUGACCACCAAGCGCAUCCCCUACAUCCAGCUGUCCGAGGAGUUCAUCGACCCCAAGUCGCACAAGUUCGUCCUGCGGCUGCAGUCGGAGACAUCCGUUUAGAGGAUUUCCCUUUCCUUUUUCUACAUUUUUUUAUUUUAUUGCUGUAAUCUCAAUAUCAUAGUUGAAUAUAUAUAUAUUUUUUUUGUUAUUGCUUUUAUUGAAAGAGAGUGGUACAAAGAAGAAAGAAGUUAACGGAUUGAAGCUGCAUCAGGAGAUGGGAGGACACAUCUGUGCAUGUGCUGAACAAGAACUCGAUCCCACAGCGAGUGUGUGUGUGUGUGUGUGUCUGUGUCUGUGUAACCUGCCUGUCCCGGCAUCUACAGAACAGUGGGCUAACCUGACUAUCUGAAGAGCAGCAGGUGGCACAGCAGUUGGCAUGGAUGCCAGUCUGAAGGACCACUAAAGACAGCUGACAAACAAGGAACUGGAGAGGAGAAGGGGGUUUUUACAUGAGAAUUAUUAUUAUUAUUAUUAUUAUUAUUAUUACAUUUUAUGUUCUAAGGCUUAACAGAAGCUCUUAAACAUGCCAUUUUCCCCCUAAGUUCUUCCUUGCAUGUAGAAAUGAUCCAAUUUCCUGCGUUUGGUGUUAUAGCUGAGACAACCUUCUUGUGUGGUUAUCCUGGGGUUGUUAUGGCAACUGGUUCUGCCGGGCGCAGGCAGCGUGUCUGAUUGAACUGCUGAUUUUGGCUACUACCUUCACUUAGACAACUGUUCAGGUGCAUUUUUUAUUUUUAUUUUUUUUUCAUACAAGAGUUGACAUUUUUACCAAGAGUGAACUUAAGGUAUGUAUAUGCGUUUGUAUAUAUAUAUAUACAUAUAUUUAUACAUAUAUGUACAAACAUAUUGUAUAUGACUCAGUGUAAAUAUAAAUGUAUAUAAAGUUUCUCCUUUAAUACUUUCAUUUUCUACUUUGUCUAUUCGGAGUUUCUGACCAUGUUAGUUGGACACUGAGGAGGACACAUUGAACACAUAUUUUCCCCCAUCAUGUGCUGUUACCAGAUGUAAAAUUAUCCUUCAUUUUGAUGAAGUGGCCAACAAAGACACAGCAUUUCCACAGGUUUUCUGUAACAUUCUGAUGUGAAAGAGGGAAAGGUGAUAGUCCUGCUAUUAGUUCUGGAGUUCAGGCUCGGGCAAGCCCUGAACACAAGCAGAGUGAUUCUUCUGGAAAGUAACAGUCCGCCUGAAGCCAUGUUGUGCAUCUUAAUGUAAAAGUUUACAGAGCGGACUCCCAGAAGCUCAAGAGAUCCGUUUCCCUGUCCUGUUAAAAGGAUUUGCCAGAAGGGUGAUGCACUGCGGGGGAACAUCUCUCAGCGGGACUCAUAAUGGAUUCAUAUUUGUGUCCAAAAUUGAUUUGCAGGUAUUAUUUAUAUAAGCCCACACACACAAAUGUACGUGUGUGUGUGUAAUAUGGUGAAGAAUUUGGAUUGAUUUUGGAUUAUUUGAAUUGAUGAUUAUCACAUGAUAUCCUCGGGCUGCGUUCCACUAGUCCCCACGUGUUGCCAUCGGUGACCAGAGCAUGAAGAAGUGCCCACGGCCAUGCAGGACGUGGGUGACAUUGUCAGGGCUGUCUUUGUUGUGAACCUGUAGCAGUAUUUAAAUUCAAGCUUAACAAAUGUACGUUUUGUCUUUUAAAUGUAAACAUCAGCAUUUAACGGCUAGUGUCCUCUGCUUCCAUGCCUGUAUUCCUAUGCCAAAUGCCGACAUACUGGAGCUGAGGACCCUGGGCCUCAGGAACACUUGGGUUUUCCUGCUUACCUGCAGCAAUGAACCCCAUAAUGGGUGGAGUUACCUUCUGCUCUCGGUCACUAUCCUGUAAGAACCAAUCACAAAUCGCUUGUUCUAUGAUUGGUUUAAUCAUUGAGUCAAUGCGAACAUGUGAUUGACACCCUUCUUAAGGGUUUCACGAAGAAGGCUGAGAAACAAUGCAUUGCGUAGUUCAGUGAUUCUAUAUAUGCCCUUUUUUAUUUUUUUGGUAUUAUUACUUUUAUUUAAAAUGCAAAUUAUACACCUGUUCUGAAGGUGAAUCCGAAUCAAUAAAAAUGAUUUUUUUCCCCAAGUUACUGUUGUAGAAGUACUGAGAAGCAAGUCUGACCCAGAUAUUAACCGAGUAUCUGUAGUAAUUGUUGACUACAAUUAAUUUUUUAAACAACCCCACCCUCUGAAAAACUAUUGUAUGAACAAUCUGACCAUAUAAUGUGUGGCUUUGUGGGGUGUCUGAGCUGAAGUUAUCCUUUCUUUUUUUAGCAUUGUGUUUUGACCUGGCUGUUUAUUCAGAUAUGGUCCAUUGUUGUGCUCUUUUAUACAGUUUCCGACAGGCAUACAUCCACAUUUACUCGUCUUCCAGGAAGAAAUACAAAGUUAAAAUGAAAUGCAAAGCCAGUUCUGAAAUACUGUGGUUACCAUUUCGCCAUGGAGUCGUUCAUAUACAUGUAAGAACAUCGGUCAGGGAGGGGGGCGAUAUUUUUAGAGGUUUGCUGCUGUGAUGAAAGGUGGGAAUGAAAGGAGGGUCAUUAUCAGGUGGCUAUUUUAGAGCCGCUCACGGUUAAUAAACACUGGCCUGGUGAAAUGAAUAGGAGCCUGGGUUACAGCGCAAGGAAUACACCUGUGACAUAUUCUCUAAAGCUACUUUCUUUGUUUGUUUUCAAAUACUCCAUGUUCAUGAUUUGGCCAAAAAAAUUUCACCAGGAAUAUUGAGAACAACGUUUAAAGAAACAUGUCUAAUACUGUAAUACAGAAAAUGUGAGAGCCCUGCUAAUACCAUCCAGUGCAGUCAAAUUCAAACAACAAAAUGGUUAAUAGCACCAUCUAGCAGAUACAUCUGGUAUUACAUGUUUGAAUUGGUGUUGCCCUAAGUAGAUCGUUUGGUGGAAUUGUGAUCAGCAUGGGUAGACCAUUUUGAGCAAUUUUGAUUUGCUGUCAUCAUUCAGGAAUGUGUACAUAUUCAUAAAUGAUGGUGUUUUAAAGAAGGACCCUGUCAUUUUUUACAUUUACAUUUGAAAAUAAAUUUAUAUAUUGUCUAUCGAUGUUCAAAAGAUUUUUAUUAUUCUUAAAAGAACAAACUUGUUUUUUUUAAUACAUAUUGCGGUUUGAAUUUUUACGGAAAAUAGUUGUAUGUAUGUACUUCUCACACAAUGUGAAUAUGUGCCUCUGACUCUACACUGUAUUUAUGUAAAUGGUUCUGUCAACAUCCCUCUCCUACAUGUCGACCAGUUUUUUUUUUUUACCCGACAUUGACAUUGUAUUGUAAGAAAUGUUUCAAAUCCAUAACAUAAAUGUUUGUAUAAAAUAAAUAUUUGUACAAAGCUUUGUAAUU